CUGCCGCCAGUGCUAAGAACCAGCUCAUUGUGAAUGGACAAUAGGAGCAUUUGAGUUCCAGCAGCAGAAACAGAUGAGAGAGACCACUAAGUCUGGAGCACUGGGGCAGGCAACAGCAGGAAAACCCAGGACCGUGUGUAUGAUGCGAUGCCUGGAUCUUGGCUGAUGAGUUGGCUUCGGAUGUGUGGGAUUGUACUGGGCUUCUUCUGUUUUUCUGCUUUGCUGAAGGCAGCUCCUGAGUUUUCAGGUUACUUACAGAAGAUUUUGAAAAACCAUACCGCCCACGCCUGUGAUAGGGAGCAGAUGACAAUAAUUUGCCCUCACAAGACUUCCAUUAGUGUCCUUUCUGCAUUCUAUGGACGCCGAGUGCCCAGUCAAAACCUAUGCCCAACCACAGAAGACCACUCCUUGGAAAGCACCGAUUGUGUGUCUGCCACAGCCCAUCAGAAAAUGAUGGAUGAGUGUCAGGACCAGCGAUGGUGUCAUUUCUCUGUCCACAGCCAUGUGUUCGGCCCUGAUCCAUGCCCAGGUACGCACAAGUACUUGGUGGUCUCCUACAAAUGCAGACCAGCCAACCAUCGCCUCAAGACUGUGUGUGAAAAUGAAAAACUGAGACUGCAGUGCCGGAACAAGUCCAUCCUUGCUAUUUACUCUGCCAUCUAUGGGAGGCCUUUGCGGGGAAAGCCAGAAUGCGAAUCGGUGAACAGGACGGGACCUGACAUAGAGUGUCUGGCCCCUGAUGCCUUGAGGAGAGUUUCCCGGAGGUGUCACAAGAAGGAGAACUGCACCAUUGUUGCUGAUAAAGCCACUUUCGGAGACCCCUGCUUCCCUGGAGUGAAGAAACAGCUGAGAGUCUCCUAUACUUGUGUGCCAAGGCAGCUGCUGGAAGAGGUGGGCCGCAACUCCCAAGAAGACCCUUUCUUAAUCUCAGACUACACACAUGGUGGCUGGUACACUGGGCCGAGGCUUUCCAGGCUCCAAGAAAAUCUGAUGAUAUUUACUAGCUCUCUGGAAACUUUUGCCCUUUUCUGGGGCGUUCCUGAGAAGGUGGGCUUUUAUUUCUUGUGUGGAGUCUCAGGAGGCCUGGUGUUCCUCCUCCUCCUCUUUGCACCCAAAGUGGCCUUCCUCCGGGAUUUAAAGGAGGCAUUCAAAGCUGCAGAGCUGAGCGAAAGCUUAGAGCUGGAGACCACCAAGCUGCAGGAUGAGCAGGAUGACGAGAACCAUGAUGACAGCUCCUCCGACUCCUCCUUCCGCCGCCUCACUUGCACCUACCGCAACUCCAACAAUAUAUUUGGGCCAGAGCUCACUGCAGCCCUGGAAGGAGCAGCAGACCAUAUGGGCCACGAGGGAGACGAGAUCUGGAUACCCAAGGAGUCCAGCCCAUAUGCCAUCCACAAAAUUAAGUCUGCUACCAAAUGAGAGAGAAUUUGCCAUGGGAACAAGGUCAGAGCUGUCUGUUGUAAGCUGAGGUGGACUGAGCUCAAUGGCUUCGUAGAAUUAUAGAAUCAUAGAAUCA